AGUCUCCUUCUUUCCUCGCGGCCGCGGCACGGGCUCCGAGCCCCGGCAGCAGCGAGCAGAAUGAGUCUGCAGAUCUUAAAUGACGAAGAUGUCACCAGUGAAAAAAGUACAGAAAACUGCGACUUCCUGUUUUCACCACCAGAACUUACCGGAAGAUUGUCUGUUCUUUGUCUGUCACAGAAAGAAAAUGUGCCACCCAAGAACCUGGCCAAAGCAAUGAAGGUGACUUUUCAGACACCUCUGCGGGAUCCACAGACACACAGGAUCUUAAGUCCCAGCAUGACUAGCAAACUUGAGAUUCCUUUUGUUCUGGAUGACACCAUUGGAUCAGAAAACUUUCAACAUGUUGGGCCACAGAAAGAGAACCAACAGUUUAUCAAGCAAGUGGAGGCCAAAACUAUCAAUAGAAUUCUCCAGAAACAAGUGGCGGCUGGUGCUGAUGCUCCUCCAGGGAAUGCAGACCCAACCUUUGAAGGUGGCAGCUCCGCGGAGCCUGGCCCGGCCCCCCUGGCCAACCCAGGUGCCUCCAGCUCUCCCCAGGGCCCAGGAAGUCCUGAAAGCCAAAUGGCGUCUCCAAGAAAAAUGUCUGGCAUCCCUGAGAGAGCCUUAGAGGAAAACAUUAGUUCUCGUCCCUCAGACAGAAGCGUGACAUCCUUCUCCGAGGCCCCGGAAGACCCUCCCAGGAUAGCGUCCUCCCUGAAAGCAGAGACUCCUCACAGAGCCGAGGGAGAAAGUGCACAUGGCGGGGGCUCUGCCUCCUUGGCCGAGGCUGCUGCGCCUGCUGGUACAAGCCCUGAAGGAGCACGUGGAGUGCCCCUGGCAGACCUGCCUGGAGAGGCCCUGGCCCCCCCUGAGAGUGUGGGCACCCCCGGGCCCCUGACGGCUGGCAGGGCCACAAGCCCAACCUCCGGGCCUGGGGCCGCGGAGGACUCAAGUCUGAGCCUGCAGCUGCGUCCAGCCUCAGUGGAGGACACACCUGUGGCGCAGAUGGCAGCUGAGACCCCAAGCGCAGAGGGCAAGGAGGGAAACUGGAAGUCUUCAGGCACAUCGGUUCCCACGAGCUGUCCAGGCAGUGAGGCAGUGCCCCUCACUCAGCAGGGGCCAGAGCCUGCCUUGGAGCCGAGGGAGGAGAGCUUCAGAGACCCUGCAGAGGUUCUAGGCACAGGGGCCGAGGUAGAUUACCUGGAGCAGUUUGGAACUUCCUCGUUUAAGGAGUCGGCCUUGAGGAAGCAGUCCUUAUACCUCAAGUUCGACCCGCUACUGAAGGACAGUCCUCGUCGACCAGUGACCACAUCCACUGCGACAAGCAGCACACGCAAUGCGGACUGGCCUUCCUCAGGAAAUCCGCCAGAAGCCACACUCGUGGAGUUUGAUUUUUUGGGAGUGCUGGAUGUUCCCGUGCCGGGCCCACCCCCGUGUGUCCUCAUGCCUGAGAGCCCACCCCUGCCUACCACUGGGCCCAUCGUGGACCUGCUACAGUACAGCCAGAAAGACCUGGACAUGGCAGUGAAAGUGACACAGGAGGAAAACCUGGAGCUGAAACGCAAGUGUGAGGAGCUCCACGGGAAGAACCUGGAGCUGGGGAAGAUCAUGGACAGGUUUGAGGCACUCAUGUACCAGGCAAUGGAGGAGGCUGAGAAACAGAAGGAACUUGCCAAAGCCGAAAUCCAGAAAGUUCUAAAAGAAAAAGACCAACUUAUUGCAGACCUGAAAUCCAUGGAAAAGUCCUUCUCCGACCUCUUCAAACGGUUUGAGAAGCAGAAGGAGGUGAUUGAAGGCUACCACAAGAACGAAGAGUCGCUGAAGAGGUGCGCUGAGGAGUUUUUAGUGAGGAUUGACAAGGAGGGCCAGAGAUACCAAGCACUGAAGGCCCAUGCGGAAGAGAAGCUCAAGCUGGCAAAUGAGGAGAUUGCCCAGGUCCGGAGCAAGGCUCAGGCAGAAGCCUUGGCCUUGCAGGCGAGCCUGAGGAAGGAGCAGAUGCGGGUCCACUCGCUGGAGAAGACGGUGGAGCAGAAGACUAAGGAAAAUGACGAGCUGACCAGGAUCUGUGAUGACCUCAUCUCCAAGAUGAAGAGCUGACCGGAAGCCACUG